AUGUUGCAUGUGCUGGUAAAAUGUCCUAGCCUCUAUCCAUUUGUAUUUGUAAUAACUCAACGCAUCCGGCAUCCAUGGCAACAGACACACCAACACACUUAUGUUGUACACGAAGGCAACCUGAGUACUCCGUACUCCGUGCGCUGUUCCCAAUCAGAAACGACUGGGGAAAAACCGGUCAACGAUCUCGCAAGCAUACAGGGCCCAGACCCGUAUACAUUUGAACGAAGAGGAAAGUGA